AUGACAUUGCCCCGAUCAGCACGACCACGCGGUGAUCAAGCUUCGACUCCGAGAAAGCCCGAAGUCGUCAACAAACCGAAGCUGGACAGAACUCAGAUCGUUCACGAGCAUUUGACUUGCCCAUGCCUUGAAGAGACCUGAACAAGAAGUCAUACAAGGUACUGAAAACGCCCAGCCCCACUCUCUCCCAGUAACCAUGGCUUCCAGUCCAACCAAAGUUAUUAUUGUCGGCUGCGGCGUGGCUGGCCCAGUCCUUGCAUGUAUCCUCAAAUCCAAAGGCUUUCGCCCUGUAGUAUACGAGCGAAUUAAAAGAGACUCUGACGGUGGAAUUAGUCUCAUGCUCCAGUCCAACGGUCUUCGGGUACUUGCCCUCAUCCCAGGUCUUUUGGAACAGCUUCCAGGUCAAGUCGAAAAUCAUAUGGCCUUUUACUCUACCGUACCUGGUCAUGAAGAAUUGCUCGGAGAGUAUACUCUGGAAACCCCGUUGGACACGGUAGGGACCAUGAAUAAUUCAGUCAACAGUGUUGGGAUGGGAAUUCGAAGACAUGACUUCUUACAUGUCCUCUCAGGGACUGCCACCAAAGCGGGUGUAGAGAUCCACUACGAACAUAAGGUUGUUGAUGUCCAACAAGAAGCAGAUAUUGUCCACGUAAAGUUCGAAAACGGCACAACUGAUACUGCCAGUUUUGUAGUCGGAUGCGAUGGCAUACACAGUAACACACGAAUCAGUCUCUUUGGUAAAGAAGAGGCUUCUUACACUGGCCUUACUCAGUUAGGUGGGUUUAGCCCUUCACCAAAAUCUUGGAGCCAUAAGAAUGCCAUGGUCAACUACUUUGGAGAAGAGACCCACAUGAUUAGUUAUCAAAUUGGUCCCGACUUGAAUUCCUGGGCAAUAACCCGUCGAGAGGCUGAGCACAAAGAGACCUGGCGAGCUGUGGACGAUUCUAUCCUUGAAGAACUGAAGAAAGAUCCCGUCUCCAAAUGGGGCUUUGGUGCUGGCGAACUGGUACAGACCGCUAAGAAAAUGAUCAAGUAUGGCCUGUAUGAUCGACCGGAACUGAAAACAUGGCACAAGGGAAGGGUGAUUCUUAUCGGAGACGCGGCCCAUCCUACCAGUCCACAUCUUGGUCAAGGUGCUAAUCAAGCCCUCGAAGAUGUCUACCAUCUCGUUCGAGUACUUUUGAAAUACAGCCCUUCCGUUGGGGAGCCAUCCACGGGGGUUCUCAAGGACGCAUUUGAGGAAUUCGAGAGCAUACGUCUAACUCGUACAUCUUCACUCGUCAGGCAAGCGCGCCAGACUGGCGAAAAAACAAGAGUAAUCAAGGGGACCGCAGCUUGUCUCGCUCGGAACGAGGCGAUACGAGCUAUAUGGGAAAAUCCAAAGGUUAGUGUGCAGAGUUUGGCAAACGCACGGUCUGGUCCUUUCGAAGGGGAGAGUGAAAUCUAAUACUACGCAUUCAUGUAUUUGCCAAGUGUGACUUGAACCUUCUAGAACUGGUUUGUACUUGUGUGUUGUUUUGCAGUAUCCACGUAUUAUUUGUACUUCGAGUUCUGUGAUCGUCACUGAAUUGUGGUUUUUCAUCCUUCUGAAGGCAUUGGCCUCGAGUGUCUUAGUGAGUGUAGAACCUCACAGAAGUGCCUAUCCAUCACACAGAACCUAGUGCAGCUACUUAUCUAGUAACUCC